AUGGAAAACCUCAAGAGGUUUCAAAAGAAAAGAUCCAAUCUUGGCCGUUCAUCUUCUCCUGUCACUGAACAGCAACCAGCUGCAGAAACUAAUGGGAAGCAUAAAGUGCCUGUGGAAGGUAUCGAAGCAGAGGGGUCGGAAGAUGAGAAGGAAGGAAAGAGCCAAUCCGCAGCAAAUUUUGAGUGUAAUGUAUGUUUCGAUAUGGCCCAAGAACCUGUUGUUACUUCAUGUGGCCAUUUAUUUUGCUGGCCAUGUUUGUAUCAGUGGCUGAAUGUUCAUAGCAUGCACAAAGAGUGUCCAGUGUGCAAAGGAGAGGUUAUUGAAACGAACAUCACACCUAUUUAUGGGAGGGGGAACUCAGAAGCUAGUGAUAGGAAAAAACUUGCAGAGAGCGAGGAAUUAAACAUAAAGAUUCCCCCGAGACCUCGUGGUAAUAGAUUUGAGAGUUUAAGACAGCAGUUCAGACCCAUUUCUCGAAGAUUUGGGGAAGGAAUCACAAACUCUUGGAGGCGACUUGUGAAUCAACAGAUGAGAAAUAGGCAUAGGUUUGAAGAGCCUAAUAUGCCUUCAAUGCUCAGCGGUGCUUCAAUGCUCAGCGGUGCACAUCAUGCAGUUCUGAAUAGUCUGAGAGCAAGAAGUUUGUUAAGAGAAGCAGAAACAAGUGCUGAAAUUAGGCGUGCAAUUGAAGAUAUCUCCUUGCCUGUCGAAGAUUCACCAAUCCCUCAAAGUAGUAGCUCACGCUCGUUAUUUCGUGAUGGUAGUGAUUUAAGUCCACUUCUUCAUAAUGCAAUUGAGUUUUGGCAUCGGAGUGGAGAGAGUACGACUACUCACCCUCGAAAUAGUGAUAUACAUUCAAUUUUUAGUGAUGGAAUUGGCCCGUCAGUUUGGAAUAGAUUCAAUGCAUAUAAUAGAUAUGGACCGUCAACAUCUUCGAUGAAUCCUUCCAGUCCUGAGCAGCUGAUACCUAGGGAAAUUUAG